CUUUGGCUGACUUUUUGGGCCCCCCCACAUAUCGGUCAGGGUUGACUGCGCAGCACUGAGCUCAAUGCCAGCAGAGUUGGAGGUGUGAGGCGGUUGUGGUCUAGGAGUGGACAGCAUGGAUCAUCUUCAAACGCUACUCACGGAAGAAGACAUGAAGUGGGACAAGCUACUGGACAAUGUCAUCAAGUCGGCCGACGUCAUCCUGUGGGGCACCACGCCCACCUACCCGCCUUACACCCCACCUUUGCAGCAGCAGCAGCAGCAGCCGCCGCCCACACCGCCGCCGCCACCGCAUCCUAAAGACAAUCCCGGGAAUCUGGACUGCGGCAACCGUCCUCCUCACGAGCCGGCGGCGGACGAGAGCAAAACCUCGGCGGACUUCUCGCCCCUGGGGGACGCUCGCCAGCAGAUGGGGACGUUGAUGGAGACCUCACCCUGCAUGGACGACGACCUGGCCAACGUUCUGGAUGACUUCUGGUUGCCCGACUACCUGGCCAGCAAUCAGGGGUCCAUUAACAUCCAAGACCAGGCAAACGAUGCAAUGGUGAUGCCGCUGGCUGAAGAUGCCAACCUGCCCAUGGCUGGACGACACGCCACAUUUAACGGCGAGAUGAUGUGCGUGGCGACGUCUCCCACUGACACUUUUGAUCUUGCCACCAAUUCAUCCCAAAGCAUAAGUCAGUGCUACAAGAACAUCAACCAGCAGGACGGAGAGCGGCCGUACAUCAAGAAGCCACCCAACGCCUUCAUGCUGUUCAGGAAGGAGCAAAGCCCCAACGUGGUCGCCCAGUUCAACAUCACUAACUCUGCCGCCGUCAAUAAAAUCCUAGGAAAGAUGUGGAAAUCUCUGCCAAAGAAGCUGCAAGCCAAGUACUACCAGCAAGCUGAAGAACACAAACUCAUCCACAGCCUGCAGCACCCCAACUGGUCCUGCACAGAAAACUAUGGCAAAAAGAGGAAGCGGGAUCGGGGAAAGCAAAGCGCCAUUGUCUCAGGUAUGACGAGUCAACUGAUGGCAGUCAUCGGCCACAACAUUAGCGUCUGCACAGGAGCCUUUGGAGGAGCGGCCAUGCUCCAGCGGCCCGUCCUCACUGGAUGGAACAAAAGAUGAGGAGGAGACUCCGCAGUCACAGUGUGGGGGGGCUGGUGGACGGGCUGUCUUCGGUGCUGCUCUGUGUGAAAGGACAACAUGAUCUCAUCAGGAAAGAAUGAAUGGAAAUGAUUAAAGUUGUUGUUAAACAAA